GCAAAUGAUCUGAUUCAAGGGAUUAUUAUUCGUAGUUUUUCGCCCUGUGUUUGUUUUUGGGUGUGUUCUUCCCGAAAUUAUCGCCCUGUAUUAUCGCCGGUUAUCGUGGAAAGAAAAACUUGGAGCUUGGGACAACGCGCACUUACUCUUCAUCCCUCUGAAACAUUUGAUACAUCUUGAUCUGUGUUCAACUUUGUCUUAGUAGUUGCUGCUCAAACUGGGACUGUCAAUUAAGAGUGUUCCUUCGAUCGGUUUUCAUACUAAUACCAAUACCAAUACCGAGUCGAGGAACAGAGGAGUGAGGUCGUAUUUGUGGUCAAUUGGAGUGUUUUGGAGCUGUUCAUUUGUAAAUAUUUAAGAAUCAAAGGUGCUUUGAAAACACCUUUUUCAUAUACUCAAAAUGUCCACGUCUGGAGACUUCGGAAACCCCUUGCGUAAAUUCAAACUUGUCUUCUUGGGAGAGCAAAGUGUCGGGAAGACUUCACUCAUCACCAGGUUCAUGUAUGACAGCUUUGACAAUACAUACCAGGCCACCAUUGGCAUUGAUUUCCUGUCGAAAACAAUGUACUUGGAGGACAGGACGGUGCGACUCCAGCUGUGGGACACGGCCGGCCAGGAGCGGUUCCGCAGCCUCAUCCCGUCGUACAUCCGCGACUCCACCGUGGCCGUCGUCGUGUACGACAUUACCAACGCCAACUCGUUCCACCAGACCUCCAAGUGGAUUGAUGACGUCAGAACCGAGCGGGGUAGUGACGUCAUCAUCAUGCUGGUCGGCAAUAAGACGGACUUGUCGGACAAGCGACAGGUAUCGACUGAGGAGGGUGAGAGGAAGGCCAAGGAGCUGAGCGUCAUGUUCAUCGAGACCAGUGCCAAGGCCGGCUACAACGUUAAACAGCUGUUCCGUCGGGUGGCCGCCGCGCUGCCAGGCAUGGAGUCUUCAGAAACCAAGAAGGGCGACGACAGAGUGGAGCUCAGUCCGCAGCCGACGGGCGAGCCCAAACAGGAGGAGGAGGGCUGGUGCAGCUGCUGAGCACAGACGAGUCCACUCCCGAGAGGGGGAGGCACCAUCGCCGGUCGUCUCCGUUCCGCUUCUGGUGCCCUGCUGCAGGUCUCCGCCGGCGGCACCCACCUAUUCCGUGGCUUUAUUUUUUGUAGGGUGGAGAAUAAAGCUAUUGCAAUGGUAUGUGUGCCGAAAGCCUCCAGAUUCUUCAGUUCUCGGUGCGACCCAGCGCCGGCGGACCGGCCGCUGCUUCGCCAUUUUGUUACAGACGUCCGCGCGUGCGUGCCGCGUCGCGCUCGGUUGUUUGCGUAUACAUCUGCGUUGCGAUGUUCUGUUUGGUGACGUGCGCGCGGUUCGGGCGCGCGUCAGAGUGUGCUGCACCAGCUGGUGUGACGUGGUUUGUGAUGUGGUGACGUGUUUUCACACUGACGGUGAUGAUGUGAGCGCGCACGGCUCAGUGUGUGUUGGGAGGGGCGGCGGGCGGGACGCCGCGCGGAUAUCACCGGUAGGACGGGCGAUGAGAGCUGGCGAGCUGUGAGCCACGCCGCGGCCCGACGAAACUGGUUGUGAAGCGAGAAACGAACACUGUUGUCCGCUUCUCUCCACCGCUUCGCAGCGCUUCACACUGGUUACUGAGCUCACUGGAGUCCGCUUUAUCUACAACCAUGUCAGACGUUAUCCGUGUAGACCUCUCGGCUGUCUGUCUCGGGCUAUGUACCAAUGUAAAUCAUUUUUUUCUGUCACACCAGCCACGAAGAGGAACACUAUGCAUACCUGUUUCCGUUAGCGCGCGCUGUAAUGUCGCACAUCCUGUACUUUGCCGCCGGGACACUCUGCCUGCUCGUGUAAGCCACCUCUGUUCCUUGUGGAAGAGGACGAGAGAGCAACUCUGUUGUGCCGCUGGGUGGGUCGGCCCCCUUAGGUACCGUCGGCAUUGCGGGCUGAGGCGGUACCUGGGGGUGGUCGUCUUGUCAGUGCUGUACCGGCCUGUUGUCACACCGCCUCAACUGUCAAUAAGACCAGCGCGAAUGCA